AUUCAGAAGUGGCUUGAUCAUGAGUGGCCCAAAGUUCUCGCAAAGUAUGAGCCUAACCAAAUCUUCAAUGCUGACGAGACGGGCCUAUUCUGGCAAAUGCUUCCGCGACAAACGCUGGACACUCGCGGGGACAAGUGCCACGGGGGCAAGCAAGGCAAGGCCCGUGUGACGGUCCUAUUGGCUGCCAAUAUGGAUGGAAGCACGAAGCUGCGGCCACUUGUAAUUGGCAAGUUCCAAACCCCGAGGUGCAUGCGGAACUGCCCCAAUAUUCCGGUGACUUAUGCCUGGAAUAAGAAGUCGUGGAUGACGAGGGAUAUUUUCGUCAAGUGGCUGAAGGCGUGGGAUUCGGACCUGGCGCGUCAAGGACGGAAGGUAUGCCUUAUUGUCGACACCUGCACGGCACACCACACCGAUGCCCAGCUGAGCAACAUCGAAGUGGUAUUUCUGCCGCCUAACACCACUUCGAAGCUGCAACCGUUGGACCAGGGCAUUAUUCGCACAUUUAAGUCAAUAUACAAGCGUCGGCUGAUCGAAAUUUUGCUUGUCAAGCUCCGGAUGGGCCAAGACCUGAAGAUCGAUCUUUUGGGCGCCAUCCAAAUGCUGAAAGCGUCGUGGGAUAACGUCAAGCAGUCGACGAUAGCCAACUGCUUUCAGCAUGCGGGCUUCGCUGGCUGCACUGACGAGGCAUCAGUGGAAGAAUCCGAGGAUGCUGGGUUGGCAUGCGCAGAUGAAGAAAGCGAGCUCGCCGAAACAUGGAGCAAGCUGGAGAGCUUUGUUGGUGCCGAGCCGCAAAGCAUGUGCAUCGACGACUUCGUUGGAGGUGACGACAGCACUGGUACAACAGCGGAGCUGACGAAUGUGGAGAUCGUCGCCAAAGUUACUGCUGAGCAGCCAAAUGAAAACGCUGCCGAGAUGGAUCCCGCAAGCGCUGAUUAUGCCCCACUCCCUACAUCAGCUGAGGUCAUAGCUGCUCUGGCCCUUGUGCGCCGCCACUGCGGCGCGAUUGAAGGCACCGGCCUAUCACUUGUGGAUCGCCUGGAUUACAUUGAGGACGCAGUCGUCAAACACGCCAUUGCCAACAAAAAGCAGGCUACCCUUUUUCAGUAUUUUAAGCCGACGCAAUAAAUGCUUUGUUUGAAUCCUCAAGUGAGUACUUACUGCACCAUGAUUGGUUCAUUGGUUGUUUUCCACAAG